GGUAGUGAUUAAGAUAUAAUGGCGGUAGUGAAAAGAUUGAGGUAUGUGAAGACAUACACAUUUAUUUCAAUGGUGAUAAAAUACAUUUCACAAUGGAACAAGAAGAUACACAGCCAGGUUUCACAAAGUUACGCCUAGUGCACAGUAAUGACCACAAUAUUUCAAAAGACUGUAUUUAUAUCGGUAGUGAUUUUUACUUGUCAAAUAUUUUAUUCAAACAAACAUUUUCAAAGAACUUAUGGACUGUACAUGGGCCAUGUGUGACCGAUGUCAAUGGAUUAUAUGACUUUGCAAACUGUUUACAUUGUAAAUUAUGGAUAACACCAGCAAAACAAUGGGUAACACGGUCAAAUAACUCAUGGCCGAGAUUUGAUGUCAAACAGGCUAUUGUAAAUCACGGGGUUCUAUUUGUACCUGUAGGUGUAAAAGAAUCUUCACAAGAAGAUUUAGAAUGGCGAAUAUCAUUUUCCGUUGGCGAAAAACUUCUUAUGUAUUCGUUUACACAUACACAAUUAUUAUGUUAUGCACUCCUGAAAAUUCUUCUAAAAGAUGUUAUAGCAUUAUACAUUGAUUGUCAAGAAUUACUUUGUUCAUAUUUCAUGAAAACAAUUCUGUUUUGGAUAAGCGAAGAAUUGCCUCCAUCAAUAUGGAAACCUGAAAACUUGAUAUCUUGUUUCAUGAGAUGCUUCAGGAGGCUUAUAUAUUGUGUUGAAUACAAAGUUUGUCCGCAUUAUUUCAUUCCAGAAAAUAAUCUAUUUGAGAAAAAGAUACAAGGGCAAGCACAGAAAACACUUUUAAAGAGGUUGUAUAUUCUAAACAGUUGCGAUUGGGGAUGCAUCUUUAUUUCGGACCAAAUUCCGAAUUUGGAUGAACUUUUGGUUAUAAGCAAAGAGACAAGUUAUUUGUAUGCCAAGAGUGUUGAAAGAUUACUAAACGCAGACAUAUUUUUUAUCGAUUUUUUGGGUUCUUUUUUGGAUUGUCGUUUGGAAAAGGUGAUAUACAAGAUAUUGUCAAGUAAGAGUUCAAAAAUCAAAUACCUGUUUACAAACUACAUUACAAAAUUUUUUUGCAAAAGGAAGGGAUUAGAUAAUAUUUCCUAUAAUAAAUCUACCUAUAAAGAGAACAAUACUUGUAUAAGUACACUGCUACUGAACACACCUCAUGACGCUGUAUCUGGAUGGCUGUUGUUAGCUUCGUUUUUCUACAGAAGAAAACAAUACAAUACAGCUCUCUACAUUAUUCAGUAUUCUCUUUUAAAAUGUUCACCAGAAAAACUUCAAAAAUUCAUGCAGUUAACAGAUAUUCAUUACGAGCUAUUUGAUUUACAUUUAUUUAGGAAUAUGACUAUUGUUCAGUUAUGGAAAUUCUUGCUUUUAGGUUUGGUGUCCAUCAAAAGCUCUGAAUUACAACCGGAUGAAUUACAAAUGGUAAAACAUAACUUUUUUCCUCCAAUAGUAUAUGCUCAUUUCAUUCAUUUUCUAUGCCAUUAUCAUCUACAAAAUGGCAGGCAAUGUUAUGAUUCCCUACGGGAUCUACAGUUGACUAUAGAGGCCAACUAUUGUAUAGCUCAUCCCACGUUGAGAGGUACAUCUUACUACGUCCUUGGUAUUAGUUGUCAAUUGUUAGGUGACAUAGAAGGAGCGAAACUAGAUUUCAUGCGUUCUAUAUUAUUAUUUCCCCAUCAAAAACAUAACAGAGCAUUCCAACAAUUGUCAUUGAUAAGCUGAACGUGAUUUUGUUGAUGUUGAUAAACGUGUUGAUAUAUAUUGCUGUUAUAUUUUUAUAUCAAGUAUUAUUUUGAUUAAAUGCCUUAAACAGUCAUA